AAUGGCUCCUCUGAAUGAAGACGAGGAUGAUGAUGAGGACUCCACGGUGUUUGAUGUGAAAUACAGGUGUGGGGCACCUGGGAUCCUCCAGCCUUGCCCCGAUGCAGCGAAUGCCCAAAAGCCAUCUCCUGACCAGAGAAGAGAAGCUGCAGGUGAUGCGAAAUCUCUUGAAGCAAGCUCCACCUGAAGAGUUCAACGAGGUUUUCAAUGACCUCCGCUUGCUGGUGGAUGACGAUAGCCUGAUGUCGCGGGAAGCUGCUUGCCUCUGGGCCCUGCACAACAAGGUCUACUUCACCCCCGUCAGGGAGGAGGAGUGUGAGGUGCUGCUGACCCGCCACAAUGAGCUCCAGGAAAAUCGCUUCCUUGACCCCCAGAAACAAGUCUCCUUCAAAUUUGACCAUCUGAGAAAGCAAGCAAGUGACUUCCAGGCUCAUGCCCAAGAGGAUAAAAAAGGUGAAAUGUGGAGAAGGGCCCUUUAUGAGGCUCUAAACGUAUAUGUCAGCAGCCACUAUGCUGAAGGACUUUGCAGUGUCUUCAUCAAAGACACAGCUGUCCGGAAAAUCCUUGUGGCCUGCAUUGAGGGUCACCUGAACAGACCCUCUGCUUUCUGGAAUGGCCUUUGGAAAUCCGAAUGGACUGUCGGCCUGACUCCCACUUCCACGUCCGCCCAGGUGACUGGGACCAUCGAUGUCCAUGCUCACUACUUUGAGGAUGGCAAUAUCCAUUUGACAGUGUGCAAGGAAGUAAGUGGGACUCUGCCCAUCACCAGUGAAGCUCAGACUGCCCAGGACUUUGUGAAGCUGGUAGAGAAAGCAGACAACCAGCUCCAGGCUGGGCUGGCAGAAGAAUACCAAAAGAUGAAUGAUUCCCACCUGAAGGCUUUCCGGAGACAGCUGCCCAUCACCCACAGCACUAUUGACUGGGAGAAAAUGGUAACAGCGAGGAUUGUGGAGGCUCCCGCUGUUCGUUGAAAGAUUACUGCUUGCAGCGUCUGAAUAAAAUGAUAA